UAUUUCAUAGUUUUAUGCACUUGUUUCAUUGUUUUCUAAUAACCAAUUAACAUCCUUUUAUUAGCGUACUUACAUACUAAAGCAACCAACGUUUCCAAAAUGGGAGCAUGCUAUUUUCAAAAUCUUGAGAGAAAAGUUUUAUUUUUUUUAGUGGAUAAUCAAUCCAUAUAGGUCUAUAGAAAAAUUUGUGAAAAGUUAAACAAGAAAAACAAAGUUUUUCACAACUCGGCCUCUAGAAGGUUAAUUAUGCAGCUUUAUAUGUUUCGACUAAUACAAAUAAUCUUCAGAAGCUCUAAAAGAGAUUAACAACCAAAAUAUUUAAGUUAAUUAAAUAAUCUAAAAGUGCUGUUUGAGCUUUGUUAAGAAAAUUCUCAUAACAAAAUUAAUUUUCCCUUCAUGAAGGUGUUACUUCCAUCAGAUCAUAUAAAAAACAGUCUUAACUUUGUAAAUGAAAUAAAAGCAAUAUUUAAAACGAUUUAAAUUACAACUUACUAAUGAGGAUAAAAUAAAACGAUUAGGACACUCAGAAAAUACCUUUAAUAACUAAUAAGUAAUUAUUCAACAAUCUUACUUAAAGGAAAACAAAUACUUUCUAUGUGGAAAUUGUCCAAUUUGAGGACAAUUAAAAAUAUAAUUAUGCCAGCAAUAUGUAUAAAUAGGUAACUCUUACUUAAAUUAUAUCAAUGUCAAGUCUUCUACAAUAAAAAUGGCUUGUAAACCAAUUAACCACUUUUUUCUUUUACUAAUCAUAAAUGUUAUUUAUGUUGAAGUUUCGAGUAAAUGUCACCAUGUACCUACAGUAAUUCCCCCAUUUAACGAAAUGGAAGGAAAAUGGUACCCUAUUCAAACAGGAGAUCCCCUAGAACUAUCAAGAAAUUGCGUUACGUAUAACUUCACAUAUUCGAAAACAAAGGAAGGAGAAGUAAUCAGAGCUUAUCGUUUAUCGGAUACCGGGAAACAAGAAAAAUUUAAGGCAGUAUUGUUAAAUGGACGAGUAACAGUACAGCGAAAGGGCAAUAAAGAUGAUCAUGUGAUGAAUCUUCUAGUGCCUUCUGUUGAUCCUAAUAAAUAUUACGUAUCUUAUAUUUGUGAUCCAAAAUCGAACGAUUUAGGUUUCGUGUACGUGUCAGUAAGACAUAGGUAUUUGGAAAAUUAUUAUAGAAAAUUUGUAGAGACUUUUUGGACAAAAUUUGGGUUUAAUAAAAAGGAAAUGUUUGGUAUUAGUCAACAAGGAUGUCCAAACGUAGAAGGAUGAUUUGUUCUGAUUAUUAAACGAUACAUAUUUUGAAUAAUAUAUAGAUCAUAAAUGUUGGAUUCUGUUUGAUUAUUUAAUGUUUAAAAAUUCUGAUUGUCUAUUAAACUACGUUUUUUUUUUAAUAAAACCUAUACUACAA